AGGUAACCAAUCAGCCGCUUCACUCUCCCUGCUCCUCCCUCCUCUCGCCGCCGCAGCCCUCUGCAUUCCUCUGCUUCGCGACGCUGACGCCGCCUCUGCUCGUGUGGCUCUCGUUGAUUGCAGCAAAAGAUCGUGAUCAAGGUGAGCAUGGCGUCCGAGAAGAGCCGGUCCAGGGCCAUGGAGCUCGUCGCCAGAGCAGACGGGGUGAGCUCGAUGGGGGUCACCGGCGCCGGCAGGGACCAGCCGGAGGUGGUCGGCGACGGCGUCGACACCGUCUGCCUGGUCAAGUGCCUGCGCAGGAAGCUCGGCCACGCCGACAUCCUCAAGGUGGAGGAGGUGAAGGACAAGAAGCCCGAGGAGAAGAAGCCGGAGGAGCCCAAGAUCAUCGCGGACCCGCCGCCGUACUGUUACCCCGGUUACUACUGUUACCCCGGUUACUACUACCACCACCACAACCUGCCGGCGCCGUGGUGGUGACGAUAGAAACGCGAAGGAAACAGCUAGUUUUUGGAUUAAUUUUGUUCAAAAUCGUUCCACACUCGUAUUUGGAACUGUUCUGUGUGAGGGGAAAGUUAUAAGAAAAAGUUUUGCUAUUGUGUCCAUCCGUUUGAAAUUUUGGUUCUUUAA